AUGACAUUUGGGGCUCUCAUGGCAGUGAAUAAGAAAGAUCGCAACUUUCUGGGAAAUGUUGCUACAUUUUGGUGGAAAGUUGCAAAGAUUCUUGGGAACCUGCUGUCUCCAUCUUCAGGGGGACUACCCACAAUAUCACGCCCCAAUGACGAAGCAGGAGCAAGUGCAUUGCUUGCCGGGAUCCAAAAGCUGAAGGGAGUCGUGAACUACCAGGACUGGAAGUUUCAAGUACAAAAUUAUCUAGAACACAGGAAUCUAUGGAGUGCAGUUACAACAAGUGGAACUGAGGUAGGUGAAACUGUGACAACAGAUAAGGAUCGACGUGCUCAUACUUCCAUCUGCAUGCUGCUAGAGCCUAUUUGUUUUGCCAAAGUCCGCACAGCUACUACCGCAAAGCAAGCGUGGACGAAGCUGAAAGAAGCCUACAAAGAUAAAGGCGGGGGUAGGAAAUUACGGCUACAACAGAGUCUUUGGAACUGUAAGUUAGAAACGUGUUUGUCGAUGGAUGACUAUGUGACUAAAGUCUUGAACUUAUCACAUCAGUUAGAGGAUGUCGACGUCAAAGUAAGUGACGACUGGGAAAUAUGGAUACUUCUCGGUGGACUGCCUGCGAGUUAUGAGCCAUUUCUAAUGAGCCUCUUUAACCUCAAAGAGCCAAUGACUGUGGAUGAACUAGUUGGAAAACUGCUGGAGAUACAUGACUUAAGAAAUACUUCUGAGCAGCAGAAUCAAGAAGAGAUUGCCAUGUAUACACAAGGCAAGAAAAGGCAACAGUUCAUACAACACAAAUCUUCGACUCAUGAAGAUAGAGCAGACAAAGGAGGAGGAGAGAAGAAAUUCCAAUUCAAGUGUUACAAAUGUCAUGAGACCGGUCACAAAGCUUCGGAGUGCCCAUCGAAAGGUUUAAAAUGGGGUACUGGGAAAGAGAAGGGCAAAUUCAAGACAAGGACUGGUGCUAUGAUGUCAAUGGCAGGUGAGAGACCCAUUGUAGGAAAAUGGUACAUUGACAGCUGCUGCAGUAAUCAUGUAAGCCCUGACAAGAAGUGCAUGACAGAGUUCACACAGGAAACUCCUAGUAUAACAAUCACCGUCGCAAAUAAUCAGGUGAUGGAAUCAAAGGGUAAAGGUAAUGUACCAAUAAUGUUGAAAGGAUCCGACGAUGCUCGUGAGCUGUCUAAUGUGUUGUAUGUGCCCGAUGCCACAGCAAAUCUUUUGUCUGUGAGCAACACUGUGAAAAAGGGAUACUGUAUGUUUUUCUCUGCAGAUAAAGGGUGUCAGAUAUUUAACAGCAAAGGAUGUCGAGUCACAGGAACAAUAGUUGGUACAGCCAAGGACGUGGGUGGAAUUUAUGAACUAGAAGUUGAGGACAAAUUGAAGUGCUAUGCUAUUAGCCAACCUAAAGCAAACAGGGCGAACAUACAGAGUCCAGCUUUAUGGCACCAACGUCUGGUCCAUCUUAAUGCAGCUGAUAUGUUGAAGUUAAGAAAAAUUGAUUGUGGAGUGAAUUUUCCUGAUUCUGAGAACAAGUUGGAUUGUAUCCCAUGUGUAACUGGCAAACUGGCAAGACAGCCUUUCCCAUUGAGUGAGUCAAGAUCAAGUAAGAGACUGGAAUUGGUUCAUGCAGAUCUCUGUGGGCCUUUAGAAGAAAGAUCAUUCAGUGGUUCCAGGUAUGUACUACUUUUGAAGGAUGAUUAUUCGAGAAAAAUGUUUGGAUAUUUUCUCGCCACAAAAUCAGACGUCUUUAAACACUUCAAAGAAUUCACUCUGAGAGCAGAAAUCGAAACAGGUGAGAAGUUGAAGUGCAUUCGUACUGAUAAUGGAACUGAGUUCUGUAAUAAACAGAUGAAUGAGUUUCUAGCUGAGAGAGGAAUAAAGCAUGAAAGAACAGUCAUUUUCUGUCCUGAACAAAAUGGCAGAAUAGAGCGCUCCAACAGGACUGUAAUCGAGACCGCAAGAACCUUACUGGAAGGAGCUGGUUUACACAAGCGAUAUUGGGCAGAAGCAGUGAACACUGCAAUCUAUGUAAGAAACCGGUGUCCAUCUAAGGCAGUGUCAGGAAAAAUACCUGAGGAACUUUGGAGGCAGAAAAGGAUAAGUCUCAGCCAUUUAAGGGUUUUUGGCUGUGAAGCUUAUGCACACAUCCCAAAACAGAAGCGAAGGAAGCUGGAUCCAAAGGGUGAGAAGAAAAUAUUUGUGGGAUAUAGUGAGAGCAGCAAGGCCUACAGAUUGCUGGACACUGACCACAAGGGUAAUCUCACAAUUGCCAAAACAGUUGUUUUCUUUGAGAAUAGGUUUCCAGGUAAAUUAGUUGAUGACAGCAAGCCAACCCCAGAUCCUUUGCCCGUAGUUAGUGAGUUCCAUUCAAAGGAUCCAGAUGAUAUGGAGGAGGCGAAUGUUCAAGAUAAGUCAGGCUCUGAGGACAGCAGAAGCACUACCACCGUAGACAGUGAGGACCAUGACAUCCAGUUAGUGGAAGAAGGUGGAUCCCAUCAGAACCAAGCUGGUGAGGACACACAAGUCCGAAGGUAUCCAUUACGCAAACGUACACCUAGAGUUUUUCCUGAUCAUGUCAUGUAUAGUGCAGUGCAGUGUGACCAGGAACCUGAGGACAUUGAGCAAGCCUUGAAGUGUGCUGAUAGUGACAAGUGGAUUGAAGCGAUAAAUGAAGAACUUGACGCUUUGAAAAGCAAUAAAGCGUGGGACUUAGUGAACCUUCCUCCAGGAGAAAAGGCUGUGGGUAAUAAGUGGGUGUUUAAAAUUAAACACGAUAGUGAAGGCAAAAUUACAAAACACAAGGCACGAUUAGUAGCCAAAGGAUUCACACAAACUUAUGGGUUUAAUUAUACAGAAACCUUUUCUCCUGUAGUAAGGUACUCCACACUAAGACUUUUGCUUUCUUUAGCUAUUCAGUUAGAUUGGAAAAUAGAUCAUUGGGACAUUGUAACCGCCUUUCUGCAUGGCCCUCUUAAGGAGAAUGUGUAUAUGGUUCCGCCUUAUGGGCUAAAUGCUACGGAUGUAAAAGGUAAAGUAUGCAAAUUGAGAACAGGAUUGUAUGGUCUUAAGCAAUCUUCACGAAUUUGGUAUGAACAACUUCAUUCUGAACUGUGUAAAUAUGACUUUAGACAGUGUGAAUUUGAACCCUGUGUAUAUACGAAGUCCAGUGAGAAAGGUGUUGUGAUAGUAGCCAUUUAUGUGGAUGACAUCUUUGUCUUUUACAGUAAUACUGUAGAAAUGCAGAAGCUUAGGAAGGCACUAAGUAAUGAGUUCCCAGUGAAGAAUCUUGGUGCAGCUAAGAAUAUUCUAGGGAUGAGAGUUGAAAGAUCGAACAAUGUAAUCACUUUGGAUCAGAGCAACUAUAUUAGGAAUGUCCUAGAUAAGUUCAGCAUGCAAGACAGCAAACCAGCGCGCACUCCUCUAGUUACAGGGACCCAAUUGGAGAAGGGUGUAUGUGAUACUAGUUUUCCGUAUCAGAGUCUAGUAGGAUGUCUCAUGUACAUCGGAGUUUGUACCAGACCUGACAUAAUUCAUGCUGUAAGUUUGUUAUCUCGUUUUAACACUUGCUAUGGAGAAGUGCAUGUCCGAGCUGCCAAGAGAGUACUACGAUACUUGAAAGGGACUGUUGACACUAAGUUAACGUUCCAAAAGAAUACCACAGCAAAGUUAGAUUUGUGUGGAUAUGUUGAUGCAGCUCAUGGUAAUGACCCUCUUGACAAGACCUCGUAUACUGGAUAUGUUUUCAAAUUGGGUGGUAAUGUAAUUUCUUGGGAAAGCAGGAAACAAGAUUCGUUAUCAUUGUCAAGUACUGAAGCUGAGUACAAGGGGUUGAAUGAUGCCGCUAGAGAGUGUGUACGUUUACACGAUUUACUGAAUGGACUGGUUGAAGGUAUUAAAGAAGGGAUUUACUUAUCAAACUUUGUACUAGAAUUGAUGAAUGAAGAGAAAGUACCUGUAAUCUUUAAUGAUAAUCAGUCAGCCCAAAUGUUAAGUAAGGAUAGGCGAUUCAGUAAGCGUACUAAGCAUAUAGAGUUAAAGCAUCAUUUUAUCAGAGAAGCCAUAAAGAAAAGUAAAGUGAAACUUGAUUAUAUUCAGAGUGAAGAGUUGAUGGCAGACUUGUUGACCAAAGCUCUGCCAGGUCCAAAAACUGAGUAUUUUCGUCGCAAGUUGAAUUUGAUUGCAUAG